AUGCUGAAGUGCGGGAUGACGGGCGGUCAGGUGAAAGUAUUUGGGAAAGCAAUACAGACUCUAUCACGAGUGAGUGAUGACCUGUGGCUAGACCCAUCUGAGAAAGGUCUUGCUCUGAGGUCUGUGAAUUCCUGUCAUUCAACAUAUGGCUAUAUUCUGUUCUCGUCUUUGUUUUUUCAACAAUAUCAAUGGUCACCCUCAGCCACGAUGAAUUUAAAUUGCAAAUUGGCAAUAAAGUCAAUUCUACCAAUCUUUAGAUGUCUGAAUUAUCUUGAAAGAAGUGUAGAGAAAUGCAAAAUAGUCACCAGAUCAGAUAAAUGCAGAGUCGUCAUUCAGUUCUUCUGCAGGCAUGGUAUUAAAAGAACUCACAAUGUGUAUUUCCAAGACAGCCAGCCCUUGAAAAUUCUCUUUGAAAAGAGUGUGUGUGCCAAUAUCCUGAUGAUUAAACCAAGGUUGCUGGCUGAGGCCAUUGUUCUUCUAACAUCAAAUCAAGAGGAAGUCACCUUUUCUGUUACUCCAGGGAGUUUCUGCCUCAAGAGUUCGAGUGGAGAAUCCCUGGAUUUAAGCAGUUCUGUGUACAGUGAGAUGUCCUUUGGCCCUGAAGAGUUUGACUUCUUUCAAGUUGGACUCGAUACUGAAGUAACAUUUUGCUUUAGAGAACUAAAGGGGAUCCUCGCCUUUUCAGAAGUGAUGCAUGCUCCUAUAUCCAUCUACUUUGACUUUCCUGGGAAACCCGUGGUUUUGAGUAUUGACGACAUGCUCUUGGAGGCGAACUUUAUUCUGGCCACGUUAGCGGAUCAGCCAAGCAGAGUGUCUUCACCACAGUCACUGUGUCUUUCCCAGGUACAAAGAAGGUCAGACCCCACAAAGUCAAAUGCCCAGGUGGAUAAAAGCCAAGCUAGCCAGACCCCAGAGAGCAUCUCUCGAGCAGCCCCCAAAAGGUUGUUUCCCAAGGAGCCUCUGGACAGCAGCUCUGCAACAGAGACCAAGAAACCCAGCACCAACCAGGACAACAUCUCCGAAGUGCCUGAAAGUGUGGUCAGCGACACGGAGGAGGGGCCAGGCCCGUCACACCUCAGGAAGUUUUCCUGCAUGUUCUUUGGAGCAGUUUCUUCUGAGCAGCAAGAACAUGCCGGCCACCCCUUGGACAGCUUAGCGACAGCAAGUGACAGUGAAGAGGAUGCGAGUGGAUGA